ACAGAAUGGUUUCUGUCAAAAUGGCCGAGUGUUCGUAGAAGGUUAAAUUCUAAUCGCCGGAAGAAGUCGUUUGGGUGUGCGAACCGAUCAUUCAAAGCCUGCGAAUAACGGGCGGGCCCAUUUUCCCGAGGAUAUGUUGUCGUCCGGUAAACGCAGUUUAUCCAAAGAGGACAUUAAAGCCGCGGACAAAGAUGAGAAAGAGUCGCUAUUGGAACACGACAGUGAUCUCGAUGAGGAGAUGCUGUUCACCAGACCCAGCACGUCAAGUAAAAAUGAAAAUGUUGACAAUAAAAUGGAUAGCGUCAAGCUGCAAAUUCAAGAGGUGGCGGACGUGAUGCGAGAUAAUGUCCAAAAAGUAAUGGAUCGCGGCGAGAGACUGGAGGACUUACAGGAGGCGAGCGAUCGUCUGAACAUGGCCGGAAACGAGUUUAGAGAGGCGGCGAAGAGAGCGCAAAGGAGAGCGUGGCUCCAGAAUGUGAAAUCGAGGAUCAUUAUUAUCAGCAUCACUAUGACAAUCGUGCUUUUCAUUGUUGUUUUGGACAUCAUGGUACUUUACCUGGUUCUCAGAUAACGAGCAUAAUGUUCCGAGCCUCGAUCAUUCGAAUUAAGUAUCCAUCGUUGUGAAGUACGCCUGACUGAGAAAUCACCAAUAUGUUGUACAUUAAGAUCUUCUUCCCGCGAACCAAUUAUAAGUAUUGUAGUUACAUAAGUUUUUCUGUAUAAAUAUAUCUCUUCUAUUAUUUUUGUGUAAA